AUGAGUAAACAAGACUUUAAGAAAAAUCAGUAUUGUAUUCUCAAGGUUAAUUGCAUUUGUAAAGGCUGUGAAAAGAAAAUAAAGAAAUUGCUGAUCAAAAUUCAAGGUGUGGAUUCUAUAAACAUUGAUGCAGAAGAAGGAAAGGUACUAGUAGUAGGUAAUGUGGAUCCAAAUGAAGUCAUUAAUAUUCUUAAAAAGUCAGGAAAACAUGCUCAAAUAUGUGUUACUCAUAACCCCAAACUACCUCAACCUUCCAAGAAAAAAUCCAGUUCCAAUUCCAACAAUGAGGGCAAUGAGCAUGACAAUAAAGGAAAUGACAGUGUUAUCCCUACUCAUCCUCAUCACAGUAAGGGCAAUAAUGGAAACAGAAAUAUAGGCCAUACGAUUCCAAUACAUCCUAUGAUGAAUAAUGGUGGUGGAUAUCAUCAUCAUCAAAGGAUGCAAAUGCAACCUUCAUAUGGACAACAAAGGUUCAUGCCUAUGCCAAUGAUGAAUCAACAAAAUGCACAUAUGAGUAUGAUUCCACCAAUGCAUGGUAUGCCACAUCCUUCCAUGAUGCAUGGUAUGCAACAUCCAUCCAUGAUGCAUGGUAUGCCACAUUCUUCCAUGAUGCAUGGUAUGCAACGUCCAUCCAUGAUGCAUCCAUCUAUGAUGCAUGGUAUGCCAUAUCCGCCCAUGAAUUACAUGACGCCGCCCCGUCAUCGUUGA